UGAACUUGUAUUUCAAAACACCGCAGCUUGGAGGGUAUAAAUGUUUGACGCUCAUCCAUCGCCAGCAGAAAGAAACUAGUAUGCAGACGUUGUGGUUUAUUCAAGCAUGCCUUGCGAUGGCGGUCGCGGUGGUGGGCGCAAUGAUACUGGAGCCGCCAGUGAGAUCCGGGACGCAUCCCAGCGACCUCAGUGUGAAGCCGACGAUCUAUUAUCUACACAUCAAGUCCGAUAUCAGGUUUAGAUUUGCUACGACUAUUGUCACAAGCAAGAUAGCUAAUCGUGAUGUUGAGGCACAUCAGACAACUUUUAAAGUCACCCUUCCGAAUGAGGCUUUUAUUACUAACUUCACCCUAACUGUUGGGAACAAUACCUUUAUUGGUGACGUCAAAAGAAAGGAGGAGGCCAGACAGGAGUACGAAACAGCUGUGUCCCAGGGCAGGACAGCGGCACAUAUAUCUUUGAGGCCAAGGGAGACAAAUAUGUUUAACAUUGACGUCAACGUUGCUGCCGAACAAAAGUUAACGUUCGAGCUACGUUACCAGGAAUUGCUACAACGGAAGUUGGGUUCCUACAAUCAAGUGAUCUACGUACAGCCCGGGGAACCCGUUCAGGAUCUGCGCGUAGAUGUAGAUAUAUUUGAGUCCAGAGCGAUAACUAACCUCAAAGUCCCGCCAAUCAGAAAUGAUAUCCUCACCGACGUUGACAUUACAGAUACAAAUGAAGUCGCCAUAAUUGACCACAUAUCAGACAAACGCGUUCACAUCAGAUAUCAACCCUCCUUGGAACAGCAGAUUGCCGAAGGUGAUUCGGAGGGACUGGAUGGUCAGUUUAGGGUGACGUAUGACGUAGCAAGACAAAAUGACGGUGGUGACAUGUUGUUGGUGAAUGGCUACUUUGUGCACUUUUUCGCUCCCACUGGUCUUGAACCUAGACCAAAGAACGCCGUAUUCAUACUUGACAAGAGUGGAUCUAUGUCUGGCACAAAAAUUCGACAACUCAGAAAGGCUAUGCGCACCAUUCUGUCACAACUCGAACCUGCAGAUAACUUUAACAUCAUAACAUUUGACAGUAGAAUAACUUAUUGGAAAAAUGAACAGCAGCUUGUUCCAGCAUCUGAAGCCAAUAUCAAUGCGGCAAAACAUUAUGUUAAUGACAUGCCUGCAAGUGGCGGAACCAACAUCCAGGAAGCAAUGCUUACUGGCAUUUCGCUGGUGGAGACACAUUCUAAUAGGGGCAGAUCAUCUGUUAUUAUCUUUCUGACCGACGGGGAACCAACUAGUGGUGAAACGUCACCGACGAGAAUAUUAGCGAGGGUUCUUGAGCGUAAUGAAGGCAGAGUGCCAGUGUUUUCCUUGGCAUUUGGACAAAACGCAGAUUACAGCUUGGUAAAGCGACUAGCAUCACAGAACAAUGGCUUUGGCAGAAAGAUUUACGAGGAUUCAGAUGCAGACUUACAGAUAUCAAAUUUCUAUUCCGAGGUUUCUACCGUUCUUCUGCAAAACGUCACAUUUACUUACCUCGAUGGCACCGUGGAAAGGGAACCCAUCAGAAUAAUAUGUGACCUAACACCGACUCUAAUGUUCGGGUCAGAGCUUGUCGUUACAGGACGGAUUUCAGAAGAGGAAACGAACGAACUUCAGCCCAUGAUAACAGGUAUUGGUGCCAAUGGAUUGGUAACUCUACACGUACCCGAUACUGCGCUUACCACACAACUAAAUAUCACACAAGACUCUGAUGCUUUCGGCAUCACGGAGAAACUAUGGGCUUAUCUCACUAUCAAACAGUGGAUUAAACAGAUGGAAGCAUCAACUGACGAAAAUAAACAAGAAAGUUGGAAAGAAAACAUUACUGCAAUGGCCCUCAAGUAUAAUUUUGUUACGCCCUUGACCUCAAUGGUUGUCACUCUCCCGGACGAGCUUCAAGUUUCUCCAGUACAAAUUGAGGGAGAUGACAUGGGCCUUGAAGAGAUUGUGGAUGUCCCUCAGCACCGCCAAAGUGGUAUAUUGCCGGCGUUGCUUGUUGGAAAAAGCCAAGCAGGGGUUUAUCAUCCAGGAGGUCAUAUAAUGCGUCACAGCUUCAGCCGGAUGUAUACUGCUCAUUUCCUUCCUCCUAAGGCGGCCUAUCACCACCAAUCACAAACUAGUGCAAAACACUUGGCAAUGUCGAUACUGCGAGGAAGCCAAAAUAGAAUGGUGAACCCAAUUCACCUGAUAACCAUCAAGCCCCACCUAACUUACACGAACACAGUCCAACAAACUACUACACCACUAACACACCAACUAACUUCCACGAGCGCAAUCUCACAAACUACUACAACGCUAGCAUCCCAACCGACUUCCACGAGCGAAAUCUCACAAACUACUACAACGCUAGCAUCCCAACCAACUUCCACGAGCGCAUUCUCACAAACUACUACAAUGCUAGCAUCCCAACCAACUUCCAAGGGCACAAUCUCACAAACUACUACAAUGCUAGCAUUCCAACCAACUUCCACGGGCACAAUCUCACAAACUACUACAAUGCUAGCAUCCCAACCAAAUUCCACGGGCACAAUCUCACAAACUUCUCCCACACCCCAACCAACCACCAUGAGCACAAUACAACGCAGUACAACCUCAGGCACGAUCCACCAGACCAGUACACCUACAGCCGAGUUUACUACCAAGAUCCCGAACAGCAGGCAACUAAUGAAGAUGCUUCGAACAAGAACUAAAGCAUCAGAUUACACUCUACUUGUUGUCAAGGGUGUCGACUUGCCCCUGUGCUUCAGGAAUCCGAGAAUCCAAUCUGUAGAUGAUUCGACCAUGUACAACUUAGCGAGGGACCCAGCUACCGCUUUUUCUGUCAGCGUUGGCUACACCUUUCACGGUUCCGGUAGACGACAACGGACACGCAUCACUCGUAUAAGUAUCAAUGCAUCGGAUACCACAACCAGGAUGAGUCCAGGGUUCCGGGUGGAGGGCGAAGUCCGCCAACGAGCACAACCAUACUCUGUAUUCGGAGGGGGAGAGAACCCUAAAUGGGAGGUCGUCAAUCAAAAGUACAGACUUUCUCUUCUCGUUGAUUAUUCCAGAAAUACAAAUCGAAACCUCGAAGGAUCUUUGAUUAUUCCUAUAAAAGGGGAAGUACAAGAAAAACAACACCCAAGAAGGAAUCGAUCCAAGGGAAAACUUAUCUUAAAGGCACUGAGGGGAGGAGUCAAGCAAACGAUCAAGACACGUGUUAAAUUCAGCAGACCUAUGCGUUGCUGGGUUGUAAAAACACAACUGAUGUUGAACGUAUAAAAAGAUAGUUCCAUUUAAUUCGAAGAAUCUUUUUAACAUCUGACAUUGUUAUUGUCAAAAACGACACAUUAUGUUAAAAGGAGUACUUCUUUAAGCAUUUUUUGUGACAAAAGUGUAGAUCUAAAUUAGUCUAUGUUUACAUCUCCACAGGCAAUUCUUACAACACAAUAGUUAAUGCAAUACCGGGUUACCAAACUUCAAUAGAUAUUCAAACUUUUACAUUUAGUUUAAUAAUAUCCAUCAAAUGAAUCAAAUAUAUGUCUUAGGAUUUCUGUUCAAAUGUAGUUUAUUCCAUAUUUGGACUAAAUUUGUCUUAAAUAACUUCUUAAAAUUCAAGAGAAAAAAACAAUCGAGAACGAUGACAAUGCAAAUUUUCUAUGAUAACACUGCUAUUUCAGGUAAAUUGGAAAGUUAGAAUCCUAAAACUGAAAGAAAUGGGAAUGGUUAGCUAGUUAGCUUUAAAACCGAAUGGCAUUAUAUUGAGUUUAAUUCUCAAACUUCAUGAACAGUUAUCGUCUUCAGUCUGUGUUUUUGCCUUAUGUUUGUAAUUUGUAUAUAUAUAUUGCAGCCUCAAAAUGUUUAUUUUAUAUUGUUUUAUAAAUCUGAAUUUUAUUUUUCUAUAGAAAUGUUGUUAUUGUCAAAAAUGUGUUUGUCUCCAAAGCGAAAGUCUUUGGCUGCCAAACGCCUUCUCGACAAAUACAUAAUACUUAUUAUGCUAUAUACAUGUUUUUGUCAUUUUCAUUCAAAUAUGAAAUUAAUGUUUUUUGAAUUUUAUCCAUUCUUGUAUUUAUGUGUGGAUAUUUUUACAUUGCUCAUAAAGUUGAUUAUAAAUGCAUUUCUUUAAACUCUUUCUCUUCCGUUUUUAACUAAAUAAAAGGGAACAGUUCUAA